AUGGCCUGCGAUCGAAACGGCCUUUCCGGCGGCAGCAUAAAUCAACUGCAUUCUUUUGGUCACAACUUUUGUGAGCACCGGUACCAGCGGCACCAGCACCAGCACCAGCACCAGCGGCACCAGUACCAGCAGCAGCAGCAGCACCCCUGUUUAAGCAUCAUUUUGGGUAACACGGUUUACAGGAUGACUAGCGAAGGAGCUGUCAAACUGAAGGACAACCAGUGGGACGUGUCCAACUACAAGAACGAAAAACUGGUGACACUAGAUCAAGUGCAAGUAAACAACGCAGUGAACAUAGACCACUGUGAAGGAACCACAUUCGUAAUCGAAAAUGAUAAAAUUAAAUCGCUAGCUAUGCACAAAUGCGUUAAGUGUAACGUUGUCUUAAAAAAUCUGAUUUCAUCAAUCGAAAUAAUUAAUUCCAGUAAAGUGAAGAUACAGGUUUUGGGUAAAUGUUCUUCCCUUUCGAUUGACAAAUCUACGGGAGUGCAAAUUUAUCUCUCCAAGGAGAACACAGAGUCGGAGUUCACCACAGCACUGUCAUCCGAAAUGAAUGUCCACGUAGAAAAUGAAAAUGGAGAGUGGACAGAAAUUACCAUUCCGGAACAGUUCCAACAUCGCCUAGCGAAUGGAAAGCUCCACACAAGGGUAUCAGAUCUGUACACAUUUUGA